UCCUGUUUCCUCCAGCAACCUGAGUUGCCUGCGCUUUUAAGCGAGCAGUUUCUUCUACAGGGUAAAAUUAGUCCUUUUAGUGCAUUUCGCAUCAUCAGAGGUGCUGUCUCUCUCUCAAGAUGUCUGAAGUGUGUGUGCUGAAGGAGUAAAGCAGAGAGACAUGGCUUCAGGCAGGAACAGGAGAUCUCUGAGGAAGAUGUUUCCACAGUCGGCCAAAUCUAUCGUCUUUGACAGCUUUCCCGAUCCUUCUGACACCUGGGAGAUCGUCGAGACCAUCGGAAAAGGAACCUACGGCAAAGUGUACAAAGUGCUGAACAAGAACAACGGCAGUGAGGCGGCCGUCAAAGUACUGGAUCCGGUUCAUGAUAUCGAUGAGGAGAUCGAGGCAGAGUACAACAUCCUGAAAGCACUCUCUGAUCAUCCCAAUGUGGUGAAGUUCUACGGCAUGUUCUACAAGAAGGAUCCUAAAAACGGAGACCAGCUGUGGUUGGUGCUGGAGCUGUGUAACGGAGGCUCAGUGACGGAUCUGGCCAAGGGAAUGCUUAAAAGAGGAGAGCGGAUGGAUGAAGCCAUCAUCGCGUAUAUCUUACACGGGGCACUCAUGGGCCUGCAUCAUUUACACGAGAAUAAAACCAUCCAUCGAGAUAUCAAAGGGAACAACAUCCUCCUGACCACUCAGGGGGGGAUCAAGCUGGUUGACUUUGGUGUAUCAGCUCAGCUAACCAACACGCGUCUCCGGAGGAACACCUCCGUCGGAACGCCGUUCUGGAUGGCCCCUGAGGUCAUAGCAUGUGAGCAGCAGUUGGAUUCGACAUACGAUGCUCGUUGUGAUGUCUGGUCUCUCGGUAUUACUGCCGUCGAGCUGGGAGAUGGAGACCCACCCUUGGCAGACCUCCACCCCAUGAGGGCUCUCUUCAAAAUCCCAAGAAAUCCUCCACCGAGUCUGCAACAACCAGAGAUCUGGUCCGAUCAAUUUAACGAUUUCAUAUGCAAGUGUCUGAUUAAGGACUUUGAGCUCCGGCCGAAUGUUCAGGAUCUCCUCCAGCAUGCCUUCAUCAAACAGAUCACAGGCCAAGAAGAAACUCUACAGAAACAGCUGACGGAGCUCAUCGAACUCAACCACCAGAUAGGAGUUAUUGAGAAAACCAGACACGAACGAAUUCACACCAAAAAGGGCAACAACAUGAAGACUCAGAGCGGUGAACCUGACGGCAUGGAGGAUCUGGCAACCCUGGAAGUGCUUGAUGAAAACACAGUGACAGAACAUCUACAGAAGCGCUACUCUAACGAGCUGAUCUACACGUAUGUGGGAGACAUCCUUAUCGCCAUCAACCCCUUCCACAAGAUCGAUCUGUACACUCCUGAGCUCUCAAAGAUGUACAUCGGGGCCAAGCGCACAGCCAAUCCUCCUCACAUAUUCGCUGUCGCUGACAUCGCCUACCAGUCCAUGGUGUCCUACAACACCGAUCAGUGUAUCGUGAUCAGUGGAGAAAGCGGUGCGGGGAAGACAGAAAGCGCUCACCUCCUGGUCCAGCAGCUCACCAUCCUUGGCAAGGCAAACAACCGGUCUCUCCAAGAGAAGAUCCUGCUCGUGAACAACCUCGUAGAAGCGUUUGGAAACGCCUGCACGGUCAUCAACGAUAACUCCAGCCGCUUUGGGAAAUAUCUGGAGAUGAAGUUCAAGCACGGAGGAACGGUGGUGGGAGCUCAGAUCUCCGAGUACCUGCUGGAGAAAUCCCGCGUCAUUCACCAGGCUGCCGGAGAGCGUAAUUUCCACAUUUUCUACUACAUCUACGCUGGCCUGGCCGAGAGAAAGAAGCUCGCUCACUACAAGCUUUCCGACAGUAAAACUCCACAGUACCUUCAGAAUGAAAACGUCAAGCUCGUGCCUGACAUCGUGGGCAACGCCUCCUACAAGGAGCAUUUUGAAGCGGUGGAGCAGUGUUUCAAAGUGAUCGGCUUCACCCUCGAGGAACUAGGAAGUGUGUACAGCAUUGUUGCAGCCAUCUUAAACACCGGAGACAUCGAGUUCGCUUCAGUGGCUACGGAGCAUCAAACUGACAAGAGCAACAUCGCUAACAUGGCCGUGUUAGAGAGCGCCGCCUCUUUGCUGUGUAUCCGUUCGGAUGAGCUGAAGGAGGCUCUCACUUCACACUGUGUGGUGACUCGGGGUGAGACCAUCGUCCGGCCCAACACGGUGGAGAAAGCCACAGAGGUGCGGGACGCCAUGAGCAAAGCGCUGUACGGACGCCUCUUCAGCUGGAUCGUCAACCGCAUCAACUCUCUGCUGAGACACGAUAACCAGAACGGAGAGGAAGACAAGGAGCAAAGCAUCGGCAUCCUGGACAUCUUCGGCUUUGAGAACUUCAAGCGCAACUCUUUCGAGCAGCUCUGCAUCAACAUCGCCAACGAGCAGAUUCAGUUCUACUUCAAUCAGCACAUAUUCGCCUGGGAGCAGGACGAGUACCUGAACGAGGACGUAGACGUGCGAGUGAUUGAGUACGAGGACAACCGGCCCCUGCUGGACCUUUUCCUGCAGAAGCCCAUGGGCAUGCUGUCACUGCUGGAUGAGGAGAGCAGGUUCCCCCAGGCCACUGAUCAGACCCUCGUCGGCAAGUUAUACCUCUUUCUACACACUCACACACUCACAUACUCACACACUCUCAUGCACAAAAGAGUCACAGACGUCAUCAGAACACUGGCAGCUUCUUCUAUAUGACCUUCAGUAGUCAUAUGGGCAUACA